AUGAAAGUAGUUCAGGGUAUAAUAAUAUAUUAUUGUUUAAUUUCUUUGGGUGAAUCUUCAAAUGUACCUAGAAAUGUCUCAGACAAAAUAUUGAAUAAAAGUUUAACUGAUACUUUGAAUUAUAAUUUUAAUUUAGAUGAUGUUAUGGGUAUUUUUGAUAAAAUCUUCAAGAACAAUGUUGAUGAUUUUAAAAUAGAAGAAAACAAUGAUAUAAAAAAUUUGGAAUUUAGGAAAUAUAAAUAUAAUCAACGCAAUUAUGAUUUCAUGUAUGAAUCGUUUAAAGAUUAUUGUCUUAACGAAGUUGUGAAUAAUGAAAAUUGUAUAAAAUUUUUAGACGCGGACAAUAUUCUGAAUGUGUUUCAUGAUAUAGAUAGCGUUUUCCAUUCUCGAUUUUAUAAAGAAAUUAAAGAAGUAAAAAGUUACAUUUUUGAAAUUAUAAAAUUGUUAAAUAAAAGUGAUGAACUUAGUGUUAAAAUUAAUACAACAUUUGAUGCGAUUAAAAGUAAGAAAAAUAUGUUGAUUAAAACAAUGGAUGAGCGAUUUAACACAGCUAUUCCUAUCAUUAGCUAUUUUGAAGGAAUGACCUAUAAUUUAACUAAAGAAAAUAAUAAUAUAAAUUUCUAUGAAAUGAUGGUACAAUAUGGUAAUGAUUUAAAUAGUGCUAUAAAGAAUGCACUUGUAGAAUAUGUAUAUACUUAUAGAGAAGUAAAAAAUUUUCAAAAAAAAUUAGAAAAAUAUAUAGAAAAAAAUGCAAAAAUAUUAUCUAAAAUGCAUAGAAAGAUAGUAUUGAGUAUAUUUUAUAUGAUUGCAGAUAUGAAUAAAACUACUGAAAAAAUUGAUAAUUUAGUUAAUAAAAAAGUAGAAGAAUAUGAAGAAUGGAUAAAUAACGAAAAUAUUAAUUUUAGUAGAAUGAUAAGUAAUUUAAAAUAUAAUGUUGAUUUUAAUAUAGAUGAUAUAAAUAGUAUUAUUGAUAUAUCAAAAGAAAAUUUAUUAAAAAAUAAUAUUGAUUUUAUUAAUAUGAGUGAAUAUGUUACAUUUCAAAAUCCAAAUAAAACUAUCAAUUCUAUUAUACAUUUCUUAAACAAUAAAUAUUCAAAAAAUGUUCAUAUUAUAUUUUUAUAUAAUGAAGAAUAUAUUGAUUGGAAUUUUAAUGUGAAAGAAGAAAAAUCAGAGGAGCCAUCAUCCAAAAUUGAUUUAAAACUUAUGAAUAAAUCAAAUUUUGAUCAUUUAGAUUAUAUAGAAACAACAAAAUAUGAAAAUAUCCUAACUUCUAUGAAGAAAGAAAAUCAUUCUUAUUUUCAUUUAGACAAGAGUGAUAUUAAUAAGCUUAUUGAUGAUCUUUUUGUCACCGUUGAUAAUAAUAAUAAUAUUAAUGGUCCAUGGAUAAAAGAAAAACCAAUGUAUGUUAAGGAAGGUGUUAAAGAAGAAUAUACUGAUCUAAAUGAUGAAAUUAACAAAUAUACAGAAAAAAUGGAAAAAAAAAUUGACAAUGUUACAGAUGAUUAUACAUUUAAACCUACCAUAAAAAGUUAUAUAGAGGGUGUUAAAAAUCUUUUUGGAAAUGCUAUUUUUCAGUUUAAUAAAUAUAUAUAUACCUUUGAUAAAAAUUAUGAAGAUACAAGUGUCAAUAAUGAAAACGGCGAUCAAAUUGUUGAUAUGAGUAAUAAAUACGCGAAAGAUGUAUAUUCUGAAGAUAUGGAAAAUGGUGAAGAAUUAAUUCACGAAGAAAAUAUAGAAGAUGAAGAAAAUAAUUAUAAAGGGGAUAAUAAAAAUGUACAAGAAAAGGAAGAAACAGAAGAUAAAGUCGAUAAUAAAGGAAAUGUUGAUGAUAAAAUUAAGGAUAUGAAAGAAAAUGAAGGAGGAAAAGAUGAGGUGAAGGAUGGACACAAAAGUGAUGAAACAGUUGAAGGGCAAACUGAAGAUAAAAAUGAUUUAAAAGAUGAAGAUAAAAAGGAUUUAAAAGAUGUAGAUAAAAAGGAUUUAAAAGAUGAAGAUAAACAGGAUUUAAAAGAUGAAGAUAAAAAGGAUUUAAAAGAUGAAGAUAAAAAUGAUUUAAAAGAUGAAGACAAAAAUGAUUUAAAAGAUGAAGAUAAAAGCGAUUUAAAAGAUGAAGAUAAAAGCGAUUUAAAAGAUGAAGAUAAAAAUGAUUUAAUAGAUGAAGAUAAAAGCGAUUUAAAAGAUGAAGAUAAAAAUGAUUUAAUAGAUGAAGAUAAAAAUGAUUUAAAAGAUGAAGAUAAAAGUGAUUUAAAAGAUGAAGAUAAAAGUGAUUUAAAAGAUGAAGAUAAAAGCGAUUUAAAAGAUGAAGACCAAAAUGAUGUAAAAGAUGAAGAUAAAAAUUAUUUAAAAGAUGAAGACCAAAAUGAUGUAAAAGAUGAGGACCAAAAUGAAGAUCCAAAUAAGGCAUCAAUUGAAGAAUCAAUUAAAUUAUUAGAUGAAAAAAAAAAAUCUAAGAGAAUGAAACUAAGCAAUAUGACGGAUGAUAUAAAUGAAUUUGAAAAUGAAUUUCAAAGUGGAUACGAAAAUGAUUAUGAAAAUGAAUAUGAAAAUGAAUUUGAAGAUGAAUAUAAAAUGUUGUGUGAACAUAAUUGUGAUGGUUCAAAUGAAAAUAAAAAUAACUUAUUAUCUAUAUUUGAAAGUUCAAAUUUAAAAUAUUUAUGGAGGAUACCUAUAAUAAAUAAUUUAUAUAAUUUAUGUUGUAAAGAUAAACCAGAAAGUGCGAAUAAUGAGAAUAUAGAGAAUAUUAAUGUAUUCGAUGUUGAUGAAGAAGAAAUUUUAAAAAUGUAUGAUAAUAUGGAUUCAGUAAUGCAUGAAGAUAUUACGAAAUGGAUAAAAGAUAAUAUAUUAUAUGCAGUUCCAGAUAUGAAUUAUAUUUUGGGAGCUUUAAAAUCUCAAAAACGAUAUAUGAAUAAUAUAAGUAGUGCUAGAGUUGGAGGUACAGAUAGUAAUAGUAUUCAUCAGAAUUAUUUUUAUGAUUCAUUUUAUGGACGUGAUUAUUUAAUUAUGAAAUCGAAAGGAGUACAUGUAGAGACAUUUUUAUAUCCUUAUUUUGAGACAUUAAAUAUGGAAUUAAAUGAAGCUGGAAUUUGUCCCUGGGGAAAUUAUUUCUCUUGUAUGGAAAAAUAUGUAAAGGAACAUAUAAAGAAUAAAAUGGUUGAAGAUAAAAUAUUAUUUGUAUAUAUAGGGACAUUUAAAGAAGAAAUUUUUAAAUUAUCAAGAUCCAAAACAGCAGAUGAUUUAAAAAAAACACAUUUAAAACAAUUUUUGGAUAAUGAAAAAGAAUAUGACUUUUUUAAUAACUUUAUGAUAAAAAAAUAUAAUGAAGAAUAUAAUUUUUUUGAAAAUUUAAAAACACAUAUAGUAUAUCAUUCAAGAUAUAAAAAUUUAUUAAUGUAUGGUAUUGAUUUCAAUUUUCAUGUUUCUUAUUUCCUAAAAGGAGAUAUUCAAUAUUUACCCUUGUCCUAUUAUUAUGACUCGAUAAUUUAUUUCAAAGUCAUUUUUGCUACAUCAAAAUAUGGAUAUCAUGAAAUAGUACCAAUUGAUGAUGAUAUAAUAAAAUUUGGAUUAUUACUUUCUUUAGAUAAUAAAAAUAAAAAUGUACACUAUUUAAUUUCAUCAGAAGUCAAACAAGAUACAAAUUAUGAUUUAUUGAAAAAUAAAAUAGGAGUAAUUAAAAUUUAUGAAGUCUCAUAUGAAACUCUCAACAUGCAAUUAAUUAACAAGAAAUAUAAAGUCAAUGUAACAAAAAAUAUGAGAAUUAUUUUAGAAAAAGAAGUUAUAUUUAAUAAUAACGAAAAAAAACUUCUUGAUUAUAUUGAUUCUUUUUAUGAUAUUAUGAAUAAAAUCAUGAAAAAUAAUAUGAACUUGGAAUUAUAUGGGAAAACAUUUUUUGUUCAUGUUCAAAGGGUUUAA